AUGGCCGAGAAGUCUAAGCACGACAUGGUCAAGCUAAAGAAUAAGUGGUCGUGUACGGCGUGCAGACAAUCUGUGACGGCGGACGCCCUGCUGGAGCUCGUGGACACGCAAUGCGACACCACCUUUGCCACUGCCAAUGUGAUUGUUGACGUCAAGGGUGAUCGCCGCAUGGGCAAUGCCAAGUUACACCCGACACACACGGUCACCGAAUGCACGAAGUACGGCCUAUUGGUCUGUGCCAAGUGCGCUGCGUAUGGCACUACGAUUGGCAAGGGUUUGAGAGAGACGUGCGAGGAAAUCAUCACAAAGAGCGGCCAGGACGCAUUGAACCGCAUUGGCGAUGGAAUAUAUCCUGGCUACAGAAGCCCGCCGAAGGCGGCACUGGAAGCGGAGCGUGCCAGGCUUGUCAGGCAGAUGCACGACCAGGAACUGCUUGUUCGAGAAGGCCUGCAGGACAGAAAGUCGCUCAAGCACGGGGUGGGUUUCAUCGAGUGGGGAAAGUUGUGGCGGCAGGUCAUACUGCAGAUGGAAUGUGUGAAGACGCAGGUGAUGAAUUACGACGACCCUCAGGUGCAGCACGACCUUGAGGAAUUUUCGGAGAAGCCGAGUCCAGAGUGCAGCGGUUUGGACAAACACAGAUACCCACAACACAUUCAUCCUCGACGGCAGUGGUACAACCCGCUCGAGAGUACAUUGCUGAGCCACCUCCUCCACGCGCACGUCGUCGAGGUGUGGGAAGGCCUGCAGGACAUGGAGUCGCUCAAGCUAGGGGUAUUAGAACGCAAGCCCCAGCCUCCAGGUGCACCCUUGAGGUAA